UCAAGAUGAUCUAGCCAUUCUUGAUCUAGAAAAAACCAUGAAAUCACUGGCUGGUGGUGCCACGAGUGGUUUUAAUGCACCUGACUAUGUCGUAGGUGAAAAUAAAAGUGUGGUGAAAGAUGAAUCCACUGGUUUUGGUCUGCUUGGUCUUCCACCAAAAGUAUGGAUUCCUGAACGAUAUGUACCCGAAGACGAUGAAGAGGAGUUAUCUCCGGAGGAAAAAGUCAAAAAAGAUGAUAGAGUCGAACACCUUAAGAAAAUGCUCUCUCAUCACAGCCUACAAGACUGGCAUCCUAGAGAAUUCAUGUCAGACUGGUACAAGAUGGACAUGGAAGCCGAAGUCGAGGCAGUUAAAGAUAAAAUAGAGGAAGAAAAACACAGGAGAGAAGAGUUGCUGUCUUUGAAAGCAGCAUUAGCUCAGGAAGUGAAGCAAGCCACAAAGUCUGUAGCAGCCAAACAAUCAGGUUCGCAUGAAACCCAUAUAACAGCAACAACCCCAGUCCUACAGAGAGCUGCGUUAAACGGAAAUAUAUACACAUCGCAAUCAAGGGAGGAGAGACAAGCCACUCUAUAAACAAAUAUUGGGCAUCUAUAACAAUAAGAAUUUUUUUAUUUAUGUUUUAAGUAUUGGAUGUAAAUUGGCUGGUAUUCUAAGUUGCAAUGAGUAUUAGCCAGUAAAUACUCAAUAAACUACUAAGCAAAUUGGCAAACAGCCAGAUGCCAAGUAUCAGUUUGUCUUAUUCCAAAUAUUUUAUACAUCUUUCAAUUUUUUUUGCAAAUGACUGUAGUACUAUUUUCCUUAAUUAUAUGUGA